AUGAUAUGGAUGACUUUUUAUAAUGUCAAAAGUUGCAUUGGAGAUGCUCUUAACCUAACAAUCACGACUCUCGGCCGUCAAGGACUUCUAGAAGCUUCGUCCAAUCUUGCCCGUCAAGUCACGCCGACCUUCCUUGCGUCCCAAGCCCCGUCGACCAAAGACUGCUCUCGACUUGGUCCCCAAGACACGCCACCUUUCUUGUUGUCCACGCCACGCCCAAGUUUCUCGCCUUCGCCGUGCGGGGUUCUCAGUCUCAACCGUGCGCGUCUACGUCAAUGCGCGUUUUUCGACAUUGCUGUCGGGUCGUCUCACGCACAUGCUCACACUGCCGAAUGCGCACCUUCUCACGUGCCCUCACGCACCUCCAUGCGCGACUUUCACUGGCGUGCUCCCUUGCGCUCGUGGCACUCGGGUUCGUCCAGCCUACCCUCGUUAGACCUACUCGUGCCAGGUCUAACCUCAUCAGGCCCUUGUGAGCUCUUCUGCCAGGACCCCCUCGUGUGGUUCUUGUGCGAUAAGCCCGAGUCCAUGCGUGUGUCCUUGCCUUCACUCGGGACUUUCGCCUGUUGCCAUGGUUCACUCUUCGGCAUGUCGAUCACCUCAGCCGCGUAUGGGUCGACUCAUGUCGCUCUUCUUGUGCUCGUGCGCCUCGCAUACGAGGAGGCGGAGGCUAGAUUAGGUGGUCGCAGGCAGAGGCAAAGGCUGGAAUCGGUGGUCGCAGACGGAGUGGAGGCCAGAUUAUGUGAGCUCGAACUGAAGUCGAUGGCCGCAUUAAUAGCGCCCUGUGUGUCGUGUUGUAGUCUGCCGGGGAAGAUGAGGACCCUUUCUCUAUCUAGCGCCCCCAAUAAGGCGCUCGGCUUUUCAUCCACUUUCUCGAACAAUUUGUUCUCUAGAGGUUUGGUUUCUGUGCGCCCAGUGGAGAUGCUCCCAAAACGAAGCUCAAUUGUGUGCGAAGCCACGCAGAAGAAGCCAGACUCGGCUGCAAAGAGGGCUCGCCAAGCCGAGAAGAGGCGGCUUUACAACAAGUCCCGGAAAUCCGAAAUCAAGACCCGUAUGAAGAAGUUAGUAUCUCCCGAGGAUCCCUUCAAUGAUUUUCCAACCCCGCACGUCGAGUUAGUAUCUCCCGAGGAUCCCUUCAAUGAUUUUCCAACCCCGCACGUCGAGGCUGAUCCCUUUGCUGCAUACGGCGGCCGUGACAUGCGGCGAAAGGUCCCGGUCUUCUGGGACGGCGACAAUCAACGCGACGACAUAGGCAAGCGCGAGGAGGCUACCUUCGCCCGCGGAUAUCGUGCCCGACACGCUUGGGGACUUGAUCGUGAAUAUGGUCAAUGGGAGGGCCCGUUUCGCGUUGAUAUCCCCAAAUUCGUCAGUGAGCAAGUUGAAGGGCUAUUGUACGACGGUCCGCCGAUCUUUGAUGAAGAGCCUCCGGUGACGGAGAAAAAUCUUUGCGGGGACAUGGGAAUCGUUGAGAAUGCAGUUGUCGGCAUGGAUGGAGAUGACCGCAAAAUUCGUAGUGGAUCGGCUCUUGGUUGUGCCCAAGAGUCUUGGUAUUUGUUGCUGAUGGUGGUUCUAUUAGCUUUAGAAGUACUAAGAAAAAAGCCCGAAGCCCAACCUGAAGAGGUUCUUCCGAUUGAAAAGUUGAUAGCCGAAGCAUAUUCAUGUAUUGAUAAAGCUGUCAAGGUCGGAACCCUUCACAGGAACACUGGUGCAAGGAGAAAGUCCCGCCUGGCCAGAAGAAAGAAAGCAGUCGAGAUCAAACUUGGCUGGUACACACCUGAGGCUACAGCCUCCACGGCAUAAUACGUUUUCCAUUUCCUUUUCGUUCUUUUGAUGUAUAAAUUUGCCGUGUAAUUCCUAUUUUGUUUUAGCUUUGGGACAAAAGUGUGUGAUUGUUAGAUUGGAUGAUCUUUUUGUGGACCACAUCUUUUUUCGGCCAAUUUUUACCGAAUCAUGAGAAAUGUAUCCGUUGUAUUGAUCAAUCGUCAGGACCAAACAAUUUCGAAUCCGGUGAUCUAAGAUUUAAUUUUUAUACGUCUACUCGCUAAUUAGAAUGGGCCCUAUUUGGUGUA